AUGCUAGUAGAAAACUACGAUGGAAUUAAUUAUAGUGACACUAGCUUAGAUACAGAUAUUUUAGAGGAACUAAUUAAUCCAAAUGAUAAGAGUAUACAGUGUGAAAUUGGAAAAGAUAUUUAUACAAAUUUAGAAGUAAAUGAUGAUUUAUCAUUCGAUUUUUCAUCAGAAUCCAGCGAUGAAUCUUGUUCUUCAGAUAGUGAAGCUGAUAUUAAGUGUAGUUCAAGUAGGAAAAAUAAUAGAUUGUCAUCAUCUGCAAAAAAUAAUUUUGAAAAUGAUUCUUGUUUCAUUGUGUUUUGGAACUGUCUAUUAGAACUUUUUACACACUGUCGCCAACGUAGUGGCAAAGUUACAUCAAAACAACAUUUUAUUCAAGGUACGCUAUUUUCAGUUUCUACGCUGUGUGAAAACGGUCAUAGAUUACAAUGGUAUUCUCAGCCGAAAGUUAGCAAAAGACCGGAAGGGAAUAUUUUGAUAGGUGCUGCUCUUACAUUAUCUGGAAUUUUAUUUAAUCAGUUCAAAGCAUUUUGUACAGCUAUAAAACUUUCAAUGUUUACCCGUCCGGUGUUUAAUAAAAUCAUCAAUAAAUACGUAUACCCUGUCAUAUGUAAUCAAUGGCAAGAACACAAAAAUUCAAAUAUUAAUAGUAUUAUGUCUUCUGAUUUACCUAUUUGGCUGGCAGGAGACGGUCAAUUCGACUCCCCUGGAUUUUGUGCAAAAUACUGUACAUACUCUGUAAUGGAUAUUCACUCUGGUAAAAUUGUGGAUUUUAAAUUGGUUCAAAAGGGCCAAAUAAAAGUUGACCUAGAAAGACAAGCUUGUGAACAACUACUAACAGAGUUAAAUAAUGUAUACGAUUGUGAAAUUGAGUUGUUACUUACAGAUAGACACAAAGGAAUUCGUAAAUAUAUCCGAACACAACAUCCAAAAAUUACGCACGAAUUUGAUGUAUAG